AUGACCCCCCCCGACCAGUGAUGGUGCCGCUGCCGGACCAAGGAGGGUUGGGUGGAGAGUCAGAAAGAGAGAUGCAGGUUGGGCAGGAAGCCUCAUACGGCACUGCUCAGAGCGUAGAUAGGACCUCAUACAAAAAUGAGUCCUCCAGCUCCGACUCCAGCUCCGACUCCGAGGGGGAAGAAAAGGGUUCAGUCACUGAUCUACAGACAGAUAAAGGAGAAGGGGGCCAAGGUCAAAAGGGGUCACCUCCAGCUGGUCAGAAGUCUCCCUUUAGUCCUGGUCAUGUGAGUCUGAUGGAGGAAAGUCCAAUACCGAUAAGAGGGGGGGAAGCUGAAGAUGUGCAGGACACUGCCCCAGUGAUCACCACAGAAAAGGAGGGUCCACGAACUGCACCCCACCCUACAAAUAUGACACUACCUGGAGCAAACACAAGGACACCAUGCGGGACAGUCUCUACUGAAGAAGCUUCAUGGACGGUAGAUGCCAAUUCUGAGAAGAUCAAUGUCUUGUCAAUAUCUGCCGAACUUCCUGCAAGGAGUGUGGAGGCAAAGUCUACAGUGACCCAGAUCCUAUCGAUUUCUGAGGAGCUUCCAGCAGAAGCAGAGACUACAGCACCCAUAUCUAGGGAAACCCAGAUCCCAUUGUCUACAACAUCUAAGGAGCUUCCAGCAGAAGCAGUAGAGACAUCAAAGACAGAGUCAAUGGCGACCCAGAUCCAAUUGUCUACAACAUCUGAGGAGCUUCCAGCAGAAGCAGUAGAGACAUCAAAGACAGAGUCAAUGGCGACCCAGAUCCAAUUGUCUACAACAUCUGAGGAGCUUCCAGCAGAAGCAGUAGAGACAUCAAAGACAGAGUCAAUGGCGACCCAGAUCCAAUUGUCUACAACAUCUGAGGAGCUUCCAGCAGAAGCAGUAGAGACAUCAAAGACAGAGUCAAUGGCGACCCAGAUCCAAUUGUCUACAACAUCUGAGGAGCUUCCAGCAGAAGCAGUAGAGACAUCAAAGACAGAGUCAAUGGAGACCCAGAUCCAAUUGUCUACAACAUCUGAGGAGGCUGCAGAGCUCCAUCAAUCAUAUUCUCCCCUGGAGCCUCCUGUUACCUCCCAGGAACCAUUUGAUAACACAAAGUACCACAACUUGCAGCACCUCUCCUACACGCCCUUCACCUUUGUAGAUAUGGAUGUGGAGAUGGCAAAGUAUCGGCUGCCACAACCAUCAUCAGGGCGUCCCUCACCUCGUCACUGAGACCGUAUCCUGUGUAAUAAAGCCUGUAUAUAACAUCCUGA